AUGAGUACAAACUAUGAAUUGUUGGAUGAGCUGUUCAAUAAAGUGUUAGCAUGCACACAUAUAGAGAGUCAUUAUAUGGAAGUACUUAUUAUGAAAUUGGAUGAAAUUUACAAAUUUUCCGUCCAGCGAUUGCCACUCAAUACCCCUGUUUUGAUCAAUUCUUUGAAAUCGAGGUAUUAUUCACUUCCACAAGUAUAUGCACCUGAAUAUUAUCUUAAACUUGCUAUUCGUCCACUUCGUUAUUCGCUGCAUAUUUCAACUGCAAAUAUGUUCAACAUUGGUUAUGUAGUACUAGUACUGCGAAACUGUUUGGUUUCUAUCAAGAAUGAAUCUAUAGGACGAAAUCAGUGUCCAUUUUUCUUGAAAUUUCUUGCCGAUUUUUUACCAUGCUGUGAGGAAAGCACUUUAUGUGAAGUGCGAGUGGUAUGCAUGGAUACUUUCAAAAUAUUCUUGUCGAAAUUCGAACCAGUAGCUCAAUUACUUAUCAUCCGAAAAUUGUUCAGCAUGAUUCGAGAAGGCAAAAUACAAAGGAAAAAUCUUCACGAAAUCAAUAUUAACGAUGAAAAAUCAUUAAAAUUCGAGCCACAUUUUUUUGCAUGGAUUGUCGAUUUGUUUCGUUCCAAGUUUAAUUACGAGGUGUUUCGUAGAGAACUUGAUUAUUUUUGGGGUGAUAUAGUCAGUAUACGUUAUUCAUGUCUCAGUGAUGGAUUGCAGUACUACUUAUCUGUCUUCAUAUUUGCUCAGGAACAGGCGUUGCGUAGAAUAAAUCCGGAAUUGAUGUUAAAUAUUUAUAAGCAUUAUCUUCAACCCUUACAGUCGCAAAUAUCAGAUUGGACGGAGUUGGUGAAAACCGAGGAACGACAGAUAAAUCAUGGAAAUCUUGCAGUGUCUGCCGAUCAACUAGCUGCUAAUAUGGAACGUUUAGAAAGUGAAGCCCGUCGACAGCAGGAUAGCCAGUCACUACCACUGCUUCAGUUUCAGUGUUCAGAAACUUUGAACUUUGUUGCAACUUUUCUGCGUAACGUACAUAUGCUAUAA